GCGAAUCCCGCAUUUGCUGCGCACGCGGGAAGACACAUCAGACAGAAGUGAGAUUCGAGAGAUGCGCGCGCGGUGAAGAAGCGCUCUCUCUCAAAAGAACUUGCGAAAAGGUGACAAGGACAAGGAGCACUGCCGUCGAGCAGGUGGGAGCGAGAGGGAGUGGCGGGAAGAUAUCCAGACUGCGAAAGAGGGAAAUAAAAUAAGAGCACUCUGGUGAAAAGCGGCGGCGCCAAAUUUCGAAUGAACCGAGUGACCAGGGUAGCCGCUCUUCCGUAGUGAAUCGAAGAGAAAAGCGGAGAGCCGGGGAAAGAACAUACGCACGACACACACACAUACACACAUACACACACACACACACACACACUACACACACACACACACACACACACACACAGACUACAGACACACACACUGCACACACACACACACUCACACACACACACUACACACACACACACAGACACACCCACAGAUACACACACACACGCACAGAGAUACACACACACACACACACACACACACACACACACACACACACAGAGAUGAUCCAGAAUGCUGUGCGAAGUUGCGGGCGGGCAUUAUCGAGCAGUCAUCUUCCGCAGGAGGCGGCUGUGGCUGCUUGCUGCCAUUUGCGUAGGCUUGUGACACGUGGACAUGCCACAGCGGAGAGUGCGGCGUGUUCAUCUAGCAUGGACGGGAGUGACAUCGGUUCGCAUGAGCAGGUAGCGCAGUCUGAUGCGGAGACUCUGAGGCGCUAUGAUAUCAAGCUUGGAGACAUUUUGCAGCUGGAAAAGGUGUUCACAUAUGCUGACGUGGCACAGUUCGGAGCGUUGACAGCCGAUUUUAAUCCUAUCCAUAUGGAUGACGCAGCAGCAAAACAAGCGGGUUUCAGUAACCUUGUCGUUCAUGGAAUGCUCUGCUCCAGUCUCUUCCCAACCGUCAUAGCGAGGCGAUAUCCAGGGGCAGUGUAUGUCUCGCAGACCCUGAAGUUUGUUGCUCCUGUAUUUGUCAAUGAGCCUCUACGAGCUCAAGUGGAGGUCAUGAACAUUGCUAAUCACAAGGGAAGAAAAAGGGUGACGUUUUCAACGAAGUGCUUCAGGCGCGGAAAUUCGCUCGUGAUUCUUGGGGAUGCGAUGGCCUUGAUCCCCACCACUGUGAUUGAUAAUGCCCGAGCUCCACUAGGAAACCCUGAGAGCAAUUGUACGGAGGAAGUAAUCUGAGAUAAACCGAGUCUUUUUCUUUUGUUUAAAUGUGCUUUUUUCAAGUUCAUUUGUUUGUUUAUCUGUUGUCCUGAGUGUGCCGGUUUGCUUUUAUUGUGUGUUCCAUGCUUGUGAAAUUGCACCAGCCCUCCAACAACAAAUGACAUGAACCUCGCCACACACCUGCACGAGUCGGUGACAGUCGGACGGAACAGUCUGGCACAGUCAUGCUCCUUUUUUUUUGUGGUAGCGAACAUGACAGCACACGAAGAAAGGCAAAGUAAAGAUAGUUAAGAAAGGGAUAUAUAUAAUGGAUCUAUACACCACACACCCACAUGAGUCGGUGAAAGUCGGACGGAACAGACUGAGUCUGGCACAGUCAUGCUUUUUUUGUGUGGUAGCGAACAUGACAGCACACGAAGAGAAGUAAAAAUAGUUAAGAAAG